AAGAAUAUCCUUGAGCUGUGCCCUCAAGAGACUCGUUUCAGAGAUGAACAUUGUCUACCACAUAAAAUGUAGUAGACAAUGAAUUGUCUGCUAAAUUUGAGCUUUUUGCCAUCUUGUUUCCAUUUCUAAUUCUGCAUUUAAAUCGUCCUGCAUCACUACUACUGUUUCCCAGUCAUUUCUCAGUGAAAAGAUUUAUAACUUUAACUGGUUUUGUUUUGAGACUUGAUAAAUAGGACAAAACUUAAAAUAAUAUUGAAGUUGUAAGGUUAAACAAGGCACAAUGGUGUUCAUUUGAUUUCUUUUUAUUACUUCACCAAGUCAGAACUUGAGACUUGAACAUAUUUGCUGUCAAGACUUUCACAUCGUUGUAGGGUUAGGGUUCAACCCGCUUCUCUCGCCUGGUUGUUUUUGCAUCAGAAGUCAUCAGGCCUUUUUUUAUUUUUAGUUUUUAGUGUGUGCUUCCUCUUGCGUACGGCUCAAGGUUUCAAGGUGGAGCUCCAGGGAGUUCCUCUCAGUUUGAUUCACAGCUACGACCAAACUAGACAUCCAGGGUCGAGCGCUCGCGCCUGUGCUGUCAUGGUUGUCAUCACUUUUUUCCCCUGAGGAUAUUGAUCAGUGUCUCCUGGUGAUGUUGAAGAUGACUAAGAUCCAGUUCCUGACUUGUCUGUGGUUGUCUGGGUUUGUGCACAGUGAGCUUCAGUUCCUGGAGCGGCGCGAGGGGGAAUCUGUGGUCCUCCCCUGUGUCGUCGAGCAGAGAGACCUGUCGCCCUUCGGCGUCUACCUGAAGCGCAGCUGGCUGCAGCCGAGCAAAGUGCUCUUCAUGUACACCAACAGCGAGGUCAGCGUGAACGACGGCGGCUACAAGACCCGCGUCAGUGUCAGCGGAGACCCGGGCCACCGCGCUCUGAACGUGACCCUGUCCGAGCUGAGGGUCAGCGACACGGACCGCUACUACUGCGAGUUUUUCGUCAACAGGCCUUCCUCUGAAGACGAACGGAUACACGGACACACUGAGUUCUUCCUCCUGGUGACAGCUGAUGCCCCGGGGUCAGAGGACAUAGAGUUGCUAGAGACAUGUGCCGGGGGCUCGGCUGUGCUCCCCUGUCUCCCCCCGCACGGGGAAGGCCUGGCCGUGGAGGGCGUGAGUCUGAAGCGGCGGAGGGGCCGGGCUCCCGUGGAGAUGCUGUACCACUCGAGGCGUCACCGAGGCGGCGGCGGGGGCCCCGCCUCCUCCGUCUCCUCUCGGUUUGCAGCCGAGAGGGUCCAGCUGUCCUUGGCGCCCGGCCCUGGUGGCAUCACCUACAACCUCACCCUGCAGCGGCUGCAGCCGGACGAAAGUGGCCUGUACAGCUGCCAGCUGCUCGCGCACGGCAGGGCCGACACCAGCACCAGUCUGGGGAGACGAGUGUUCUUUGUUUCUGUGCAAGGCGGUCACUGCGGCUGCUCCAGCUACUCCACCCUGCUGUACGCUCUGUCCUCGGCCGUCGCCCUCCUCCUCCUCCUCCUCGUCGUCGUGGGAUUAGUGCUUAUUUAUCAGGGCAAAGCACGCCGCCGCAGUGUCAAGUCACGCCCUCAGGCUCCCAUAUACGAGGAGAUGGCCGGGGUGCAACCUCUCGGGCGAAAAGUGGCCCCUCGCCAUCUGGAGGAAACGGAGGCUUCCGAGUACAGAAACUGCCUGGUGAAGAAAUCCUGCAACGAAAACCAAUACGAGAGCCCGAGCGUGGCCUUCUCUUCCAGGGGGCCUUUAUGAAUAUUUGCUGGCACGAGACGGUCAAUGUAGAUGAGAGAUGUCAACAUAUAUUGAGAUUGUGAUAUAUCUUGAACAUCAAUUGAGAAAUUGUUCUAACAGGAAUGUUUUGGUAAUUAAAUUAAACAUUGCAAAAUGUUCUUUUGCUAAAAAAGAA